CCUAAAAGUGGGGAAAGUGAGACAUUUUAUGUUAUGUUUGUUUUACCAUAAUUUAAAAACAUGACAUAAUAGUUAAAGGAAUGAUUAAUGUCUUCGACUCAACCACGAAUCUUCAAAACUUCCCCAUUCCAUUGGGAGCUCCCUGAGAACCGGGAUAAGUGUCUCCCCUCUCAGUCUGGGGCCUCUCCUAGGUCCAGAAAGGGAUUUCUUCAAAUCAGGAGCUGCACCUUGAGGGCCUGGCCUCGUCAAGUCCAUCAUCAGACUGAGGUGCUCCUUGACGGGGUCGUGCCUCCCUCCAUCACACCAGGAGUUAUCCCCGUGAGAGUGUAUGGGGUGGGGAAAGGGAGCUUCUUGUUUGAAACUGAUGUCUCUCAGUCCCAGCCCGGGCCUCACAUGCGCCCAACGCCUUUCUACCCCCAGGUUCACCGCAGCUUCUCACCUCCAAGCUCUGCGCGCUGCUCAGGGUGGGCGGGCUGAGGACGCUUCCGCCCUCUUCCAAUAUGGCCGCCCCCGCCUCUGUGACAGGCCCGGUCACGUGGACAGCCUCGCCUAUGAGGUCGCCGGGGCCUGGACGGCGAUUGUCCCUUCCCGGGCCCCAUCCCGAGUCGGCGACUGCCCUUGUCAACCGGAGCCUGAGCGAUCAUGGCAACGGGCUCGGGCGGGGAGCGCGUGGCGGCGGCUGCGGCGGCAGCGGCAGUUUGGUCGCGGGCCGGCGCGGCGGAGCGGCGGAGGCGCAGGCGGCGGCACUGGCGUUGGCACCGGCCGUGAGAGCCAUGCUGCCGGGCAGCCCCGAGAGGGAGCUGACGGCCUGGUGGGAGGCGGAGGCCGUGGAUGCGGCCAAGGCUCAGGCUGCGAAGGACCAGGUCCGUGUGGACCCGGGUGCGGCCGGGGAGCCGGAGCGCAGGGGGGAGGAGCAGCCCAAGGAGCCGGCUCCGGGGCCGCCCAGCGCGGCCGAAGAGGGCGAUGCCCGCGUACCCCCGCGGCCCCCGCGAACGGUGCCGGUGUCCAGGCCGAAGCCAGCGCCGGCGCCGGCUCAGGGCCUCUGCCCGCACGGGAAGUCCAGGAGCAAGGGCCGCAGCUGCAAGCGGAGCUCUAACCGGUCCAAUGAGUAUUGCUCUCUGCGGCCCGUCACCGUGGACAGCUCCAAGGCCAGGACCUCCCUGGACGCCCUGAAGAUCAGCAUCCGCCAGCUCAAGUGGAAGGAGUUCCCAUUUGGCCGACGCUUGCCUUGUGACAUCUACUGGCAUGGAGUUUCAUUUCAUGACAAUGACAUAUUCUCCGGUCAAGUGAACAAGUUUCCAGGCAUGACGGAGAUGGUGCGUAAAAUUACUCUGAGCAGAGCAGUGAGAAUCAUGCAGAAUCUCUUUCCUGAGGAGUACAACUUCUACCCCCGCUCAUGGAUUCUGCCUGACGAGUUCCAGCUCUUUGUGGCUCAGGUUCGAAUGGUGAAAGACGGGGACCCCUCCUGGAAGCCCACGUUUAUCGUGAAACCUGAUAGUGGCUGUCAGGGUGACGGAAUCUACCUCAUUAAAGACCCCAGUGACAUCCGUCUGGCAGGAACCCUUCAGAGCAGGCCAGCGGUGGUCCAGGAGUACAUCUGCAAACCUCUCCUAAUCGACAAGCUCAAGUUUGAUAUUCGUCUGUACGUCUUGCUAAAGUCCCUAGACCCCUUAGAGAUUUACAUAGCCAAAGAUGGACUCUCGCGGUUUUGUACAGAGCCAUACCAGGAACCCAGCCCCAAAAACCUGCACCACAUCUUCAUGCACUUGACCAACUAUUCGCUGAACAUCCACAGCGGUAACUUUGUCCAUUCGGACAGCGCUAGCACAGGCAGCAAGAGGACUUUCUCUAGCAUUCUUGGUAGGUUGUCGGCCAAGGGUGUUGACAUCAAGAAGGUCUGGUCUGAUAUCAUCUCCUUGGUGAUUAAGACCGUCAUUGCCCUGACUCCAGAACUCAAAGUUUUCUACCAGUCGGAUAUCCCCGCGGGGAGGCCGGGGCCCACCUGCUUCCAGAUUUUAGGCUUUGACAUUCUUCUCAUGAAAAAUCUGAAGCCUAUACUCCUUGAAGUAAACGCAAAUCCCAGCAUGAGAAUUGAACAUGAGCAAGAGCUCUCUCCGGGCGUGUUUGAGAACGUCCCCAGCCUUGUCGAUGAGGAAGUGAAAGUGGCGGUCAAGGACACACUGCGUCUCAUGGAUCCACUUAAGAAGAAAAGAGAGAACCAGUCUCGGCAGCUUGGGAAGCCGUUAGCCACAGAGGAAGAUCCUGCUGACAGCGAGCCGCCCGAUGCCUUGGCUGGCAACGCAAAUCCUGAAGCCCACCUGCCCUCCAUCUGCCUCAAGCAGGUGUUCCCCAAGUAUGCAAAGCAGUUCAACUACCUGCGCCUGGUGGACAGGAUGGCAAACUUGUUUAUCCGGUUCCUGGGAAUCAAGGGGACAAUGAAGUUGGGACCAACAGGCUUCCGUACCUUCAUAAGGAGCUGCAGGCUCAGCAGCAGCAGCUUGUCCAUGGCCGCCGUGGACAUCCUCUACAUCGACAUCACGAGGCGGUGGAGCUCCAUGACUGUGGACCAGCGGGAUUCAGGGAUGUGCCUGCAGGCCUUUGUGGAGGCUUUCUUUUACCUGGCCCAGAGGAAGUUCAAGAUGCUGCCUCUACACGAGCAGGUGGCCUCGCUGAUCGACCUGUGUGAGUACCACCUGUCCCUGCUGGAUGAGAAGCGCCUGGUGUGUGGCCAGAGUGGCACGUCGGGGGGCCGGCCCCCUCACAGUGGCACCCCUCAGGAGGCUGCCUCUACAGCCCAGCUGACCGAGAGCCAUGGCCCGCCUUGCACAAACAGUGCCCACAAGCUCUCCCGUUCCAGACAUGCUCUGUCCUGAGGGCCGCUUGGUCCUCCGGGAUGACGAUGGAGCCCUUCAGGGCCCAAGAGACCCCCAGGUCUCCUGCCGGUGGAAAGAAGGCAUGAUGCUGAGAAUUCCCGCCUGCAAUUCCUGCUAAUCAUCUCUACAUUCUGCCAAGAGGCUGCCUGAUUCUUACCCGCCCUCCUCCCCGUGCCUCUUGGUGGCCCACCUGUUUGCGAGCCGGCAGCGGACAUAUGAUACCCAAAACAUGACAGAUGGCAUCUUCUAUUCUGGGCUCACGGGAAGCCACAACCAGGAUGAAACUGCUGUGACUGGGGCAGGGGGCACCAACCAACCCCAAGACUGAGAGCCGUGGAAAGGAAAGGACUUGAGGCAGCCAAGUCAGGGGCUGCCAGGGCCUUGGAGAGGAUACAGUUCGAGUCCAGGAGCAUCAUGUUUAUUUCCUAUCACCUGUUCUGUGAAAACUAACUGGAACUAUCCAGGAGGCGUGCGCGACUCUCCCACCCCCAUCGUGUGCUGCUACGUGGGUGUAGUUAACAGACUGGCCUCGCUGGUUUCAUUAGCUUGCCUGUUGCUGCGGUGUUCGAUGAGUUAUUUAUUAAGAUAUGAUUAACUAAGGGGGAGCUAUAGAAGACUAAGACUGUAGGAGCCGGCGGGAGCCUCUGAGGUCAUUCUGUCCCAUUUUGCUUGACCUUGAUCCCAAAGCAGGAGUCCCCCAAGUCACAUGGCCUCUAAUGGGAGCCCUCAGGGGCGGGGCUUCAGAGGGGAGGGAAGUCAGACCUGCGUAGGGAUCAGAGCAGUAUCAGAAAUCAGGAAAAGGGGAGCCUCGCUCUUCUUCCACAAGACCCUUUCUUCAUCUCCCUCCAUGUCCCCCGCAGCCCCCUCUCAGAAGGGAAGCCCCAGGGGCAGCCAAAGGUAGCAUUUGGGGAAAUGGCCGCAGGCAGGUCAGGGUCCAGGAUCCACUGACACCAGGCAGGCAGGAGACCACCCUUACAAAGCCAAGCUCCCCAGAGCAUUGUUGGAUUUGAAGCUAAUGUGGUUCUUUCCACAGGAUCCUCCUUAAAGGACCCUGGGAUCCUGGGACGGGGCGGGGGAAAGGAGCUGACCAUCAGGCUCUGAGUGAGGAGGACGGGGGAUCUUGAAGGCAUUAGUUAGCACGGCGCCUGACACACAGUCAGACUCAGAAAAUGUUCACGCAUGUAGGGGUGGGGGAAGGUCAAUGGCAGAGGUGUGUCCUAGACCAGCACAGAUGUCUUCCUUCUCCCGAUUGUCUCUUCUUCUUCCUCCUCAACAUCCUUCCCUGUCUCUGAUCCAAGUCCCCUUCACUCCAACUGGUGGGAGUGGUUGAGUCAAGGUCCAACAGAGAGCCUGGUACAUCACAGAUGCUCCAAAAUUGUCUGUUGAAAGGAAUGGCCUGGAAGCACCCCCCCCCGCCCCCAGGUAUAUCAUUCAACCCAAAAGGAAGGUUGUUAAUCCAGGAUGGUUCCAACCACUGGCAAGUUGUUUGAUGUGUGUGUUUGGGGGGUUGGGGUGGGGCUCUGUUAAUCCUUACCCUCCUUCUGGCCAGAAGCCCCCUUCUUUCAAGGAGUGCAAUCUUCAGGUUCCAAACCAACCAAGCACUUCUGAAUUUUUAGGGGGAAAAAAAAAUCAAUAGGCUGAAUUCCAGCUACUUUGUUUGGGGCCACGUGGGAAGUCAGCUCCCAGGGUGAGGACCAUCCUCUGCCCACGUUUUGCACAUCAUCUGGAGGCAGGCUGCUGGGCAGGCCCCCCACCCCCGGGGCCACUGUCUGGAAGGAGCCCUCCAGGGCAAGCAGGGCCUGCAGUGAGCAUCAGGAAAAUGAGGCUGCCAUUUUACCAGAGGCCAUUGAACAGGAAGAAUCAGAGGCGGCUCCAUUACCAGAGUGAGUGAUGAGAGGCUUCCCCCACCCCUUAGUACCUAAUAGGAAGCCCCACUGUGUUUAUCCUCUUCGGUAAUUGGCUGCUCGUUUUGCAGCGUGUAAUUGAAGUGAUGGCCAAAGCUAGCGUCUCCUUCCUCCUGGAAGAGAGCUGCUCCAGGAGACGCUGAGUCCCUGUGCUCUGCCUGUGGGAUCAGCCCUUCCCUGAGAAGCGUCCUCUCAGGCUCCAUCCCAGCCUCUCCCCCCAAUGCCCUCCUGCCUUUCCUCCUCCUCCUGAUGCCCCCAUGCACAGUCCAUCCUGACCUGUCACUGUUCACUGGCUGAGUCCCUGCAGGGCCAGCACUGAGAGUGGGUUCAAUGGACAGAUGAAAUCAGGCUUGGGCUGUUCCAGCUGCGUGCAUCCCUGGGCCACUGCCCCUCUCCAUCCCUGCCUGCCGCGCCCCUUCUGGUGUACCAAAAAGCAUCCUUCCCCCUUCAUUGCUGGCCUUGUCUCCUCCUUUCCUCCGUGCCUCCCAGAGGAAAUGCUGGCUCCUCCGUUAGUAUGGUCAGGAGCUCUGACUCCACAGCCUGGGCAGAAUGGAGCCAGCAGUAGGUGUUUGUAAAGGCGAUUUGGAUUAGGUGUGGCCAUUAGCUGUGAUGGUCCCAACAGAACCCUCCCCAUGGGCCUGGAUCCCUCUUAUUUGUCCUCCAUCUGCUCUCCCAGCUCAGACCUCAUCAUCCCUUGCCUGCACUUCAUCAGUCUUUUGCUUCUUAGCCCCUUCCACCCAUCUUCCACCCCCAUCAGCCCAGAAGGAACAGUGAGAACCAGAGAGCUGACCCCACGAUCCUCUAAUUCAGUCAACCCUCCCUCUUCCCAGAUAAAGCCCAAGCCCCUUAACCUGACAUUCCAGGCUCCCCGUGAUUCCAUCCUUCCUUCCUUUCCAUCCUAAAUCCACACUCAGUGCCCCCGCGCCCCGGGCAGCCUCUGUGCUCCCACGGCGCUUUGUGUCUGCUGUUACCAGAGAGAAUGUGCCAGUUCCCACCCCCGGGAGGGUCACAGGGCCGGACCUGCUCCGGGUUCCCGCCCUUGCUAUCCCCUCUGCUAUCCUCUGUCCAGUAGAAACUUCCUUAUCUUUCAAGGCCCGGCUCAGAUGUCCCCACUGCAGUCCCCCAAACUAUGAACCACCCCCUCCUGCUUGCGAGAGCCUGAAGAGUCCUUGUUAUCACACUGGUGCUGUAGAGUCACUGCCUUCACUCCCACCAAGCUUCGAGCUCUUUCUCCGUAGUCAGGCGGGUGCCGGGUUCAUGCUGGCCGCUCGGGCACCGAGACGUGGCCCUGCAGAUGUAGGUUGGGAUCAUAGGACUUUUUAGGGGGCCCAGGCCAGGAGACUGAGCUGCAACCCUUGUCCCCCUCACCCUAUGGAUGCCCUGAUCUGUGAGCACCUCCAUGUCCCCAGAGAGUGGGCGUGACAGCCAUUCCGGGACCCCAGCAGACAGUGGCUCCUCUGACCCUGGGAAGUCCCUCUGUGUUCCUUUGUGCCCGGGCUCAGGUCUGGGCUGAAUCCCCCAUGGGCACCCCCAUCUCGUUCAGGCUUGGAGACCAAGGGCCCCUGGCUGGAUGGUGGUCACCCUGGCUUCUCCAGUGGGUGUCCAGCCUGUCCCUCCCGCCCGGCAGCCUUGGUGGGAGCAAGGGUGGGGGUGGGGAGGGGGUUGGUUAGUUCAGAGCAGAUAAUCCCGAUGUGAAUACAGUGAGUGCGACCACUUUGGAGAGGAGCCCAGACGUUGGCAUGGUGUUCCGUGCCUUUCUAGAACCAAUCCCUUUCCCAUGUGAGUGUAGCGACAUCUAUUCGAUGCAUCACAGUUUUACAGAGUCCUUUUUCCUCCAUCCUCUCAUGGGAUCCUCCCAGCCACCCAGCAAAGGAUGAAGAGGCUUAUGACCCUCUUUUCACAGUGGGGGAGACUGACUCGCCCAAAGCCCCACAGCUAGUGGAAAGCAGAGCCCAGCCCCAAAUCUCAUGCUCCCUUCUCAGCCCCAUAGCUGUUCUGCAUGAUGCCUCAACGCUCCUACAACCCAGUGGGGAGAGGGUUUUGGCCCCAUUUCCCAGACACAGAAACCCAUGUCUCAGGCUGGUCCUGGGGCUCCCGGGCUUAGCCUGGAUCUGUCUGAUCUGCUUGUAUGAGCCGAGCACCCUGGGGGUGUAGGCUCCGUGGGGUCCGGGUUCCUUAGCUGCACGGGGAGGGGGGUGACAGGUCCUCUCUCACUUUAUCUCUGGGAGCAGAAGACAAGAGAUGGAAAGCAUAAUAACACAUGAGAGCGUUUUGUAAACCCAAGGGCUGCUGGAAUGCCGCGUUAUCUUCAGACGGGCUUCUGGUUUCCUGCAAAGUGUCAAGGAAUGAAGGGAAAAGGUUCCUCCUUGAAUGUUGUAAUCCAUCAAGACAAAUGAAGGCGGAACAGUCAGCUCCCCUCCCUCCCCGCCCCCCCUCAUCCUCACAUAUCUGAAGACAGUCACAGGGUGAAAAAUGGUUUCUGCUGCUCCCCUGAUACCUGGAAUUUGCCGUGUGAUUGACAGAGUAUUACUCCAAAAGAGCUUACUCUUUUUUUUUUUUUUUUCAUUCUUCUAUUAGUGCCCCAAACUCCAUGGCCUCAGCAUCAAGAACUGGGCUUGAAUGUUUGGCAUCUGAGCCCCUUCCCUCAAAACUCAGAAAUGAUGAGCGGCUCAGCGCUGUCCUCCUCUCCCAAUGAGGCAAACUCACCCGUCUUAACCCAAAAUCCCUCUCACCCUGAUUGAUAUUUUUGCCAAUCUCCUAUUGAGUUUGACAGAUGGGAGAGAAAUUUUUCCCAUAUGGUAUAUGAUUUUUUCCCUCAUGAGAUAAGUUUGAAUUUUUUUUUCUACCCCCAGGGACAAAGGAGCUUUGUAGAACAGUUAACAUAUUCAGCUACCUCCGUCUCUAGUACCCAAAAGUCUUGAUUUGUCUAAGCUAGAAAAGCCACGCAGCAUAUUGCUUGUACAUGCACAUGUGUGUGUGCACACCCGUGCACAUGCACACACACACACACACACACACACACACACGCAUGCACUGAGCACUAUUGAGCUUUGGUAUAAAAUGGCAAAAUUACUGACGUUUUGCUUCUUUCUGGCAAAUUGCUUCUGAGUCUUAUUUAGAGAGCAGAGGAAAUGAGGGGGUCUUUGCAGCCCUGGGGGAACAUAACAAGCUCACCAGGAGGCUUGUGGAAACAUUUCCUCUGACUUGAAGGUGUUUGCUAAGAUACCGACCAGGACUGUGGCUUCGUGCCACCUCCCCCCGGGCUCUUCCCGGGCUGCAGAAAUAACCAAGGAACUGGGCAAUGAAAGGAGUCAGCAAGGCUCUUUCCCUUCAGAACCUCUUGCAUCAGAACAGGAAAGUGAGGAGUUCCCGUCGUGGCUCAGUGGUAACGAACCUGACUAGUAUCCAUGAGGAUAUUGGUUCGAUCUCUGGCCUUGCUCAUUGGGUUAAGGAUCUGGCAUUGCCAUGAGCUGUGUGUAGGUCGUAGGUAACUGCACCUUCGUGGCUAUGGCUGUGGUAUAGUACGCCAAGGGCUACAGCUCCAAUUCGACCCCUAGCCUGGGAACUUCCAAAUGCCGUGGGUGUGGCCCUAAAAAAGACAGAAAAAAACAAAACAAAACAAAACAGGGACAGCAAGAAUCCCAGCAGAGGCCCUGAGAGGUUGUGGGAAGCAUGGGGGUCUUUGGCUGCAUCUGUUGUUGUCCAUGGACCCACUGGUCUCUUCACCCCCUGCCCUCUUCCUGGCCUGCCCAGUGGAGAUGGGGUCAUAGCCAAUAUAAAGAGCCUGACAUGGACUUGGCAUCAGAAAGUGUGUUAAUAAAUGUCCUCCAAGAAAAGGACCAGUCUCGAUACACUUGAACCAGACGGAUGCCAGGGAUCACUUCCGCCCACCUCAAUGGCCCUGACAGGCCGGGCUCCUCCAGGUCUGGCAGGAAGCCCCACACGCUCCUACCCGCCUCCCUCUGUGGGGGCUCUGCUGCUGGGCUGCUGCUUCUGCCUCUUAAAAGCCUUUAAAACUUCUUUAUUAAAUUUUCAUGGCGCAUAAAGUCAAGGUUCUGUUACUUGGCCUCAGUUGUCUUGGUAACUCUGUAAAAUGCAAUAAUAAAACAGAGCUGAGCAUCGCCGAA